UGUCCUUGGCCCUCGUCCACUUUCCCUCGGUUUCUCCGACGCCGACUGACUGCUCACAGCGUACUCAUAGCUUACUGUUGACUCCAAUAUAAAUUCUGCCCCCUCUUCGCUGGCCUCAUCGUCUGCACGAUGGCCAACGCAGGCGAGAACCGCGAGAUCUGCGACCUGCGCGAUACCAGCGACACCCUCGACCCGCCCGGCGCUUCAGCGCCCACUCCCGCUCGCGCGCCGUCACCGCCGCUCCUCACCCCUACGCAUGCGCACGUACUGACCGCCCCUCGUGCCCCCAUCCGCCGCGCAAGCGCCGGCGACCUGCCUUCUGCGCAGCUCCACCCCGCGCAGCAGGUCGCGCAUUGGCUCCUCGCGCCGGCACCUCAUCGCUUACCGCCUCACGAGACUCGACCCGUGCCGCAGCCUCCAUCAUUUUCGAUUAUGCCCAUGCCCAUGCCUUUCCAGACGUCCCCGCCCGCCUGCCCUAGCCGGGUAUGGGGCAGCCUAGGCCCGGGGCCGAUAUGCGAGGCGUGCCGAAACGCUGGCGCCCGCUGUUCCGGAUACCCGUGCGCAGCCUGCGCGUCGGGCGGCACGCAGUGCGUGCGUGCCCGCGCAGCGGGGCGGCACAAACGGCGCUUUGCAUCUGACGGUGCGCCUGUUGCAUCUACGAGCCACGCGGCGCGCGCGCCCACGAGCCCGCUCGCGCCUGCGCCGACGGCCGCGCGCCCCGGUGCUCGACAGCUCGAGAGCCGCGCGCGGGUGGUGCUGCGCCGCCGCUCAGUGCCCGCGCUGUUGGGCGGUGCGCCGCGCGGGAUGGGAAGCGAUCGACACUCGCACGGCGGUCCGACUAGCACGGGGCGGAAUGUCGGCUCCACCCGGGGGUGGGCGAGCGAUUCGAGACGCACGCAUGGGUGAGAUUGUGAGUGAGACGUCACGAAGGGAAUGCAGAGGCAAAGACGGGCGUCACGGGCGUGAGCUGACGCCAGGUGAGGAAGGUGCCAGAUGUGUCUGUUUACGAUGGGAGAAUAGAGAGUAGUGUGUGGGAGGGGCUGGCAUACGUUAGGCGUCAGUGUGUUGGGGAGCUGGCCAGGGCGUGUUGAUAUCUGGUGGAGGAGGGGUUGUCGAGGUGACGCGUGAUACG